GUCAAGCGACAAAAUAUAUAUUUAAACCUAAAACUGAAAUUAAGAAAAAUGAAUUGUAAAAAAUGAUAAAUAUUGAAUUAUAUUAGUUUUGUAUACUUACCCUAAUAAUUUUAUAUAUACUUACCUUAAUCUAUUACUAUAAGUUAACAAAAUGAACUACUCACCUCUUUUGUACAUACCUGUAUACUUCCAAUCCAACUGUUUUUUCCCGUUAGCUUUAAGAUUUAGGCUAAGUCAUCUAGUUGCUAAAAUAAAGAAAGGAAUUGUAAUUCGACUGCAAAAGAACUCGCACGCGUUUCGCUUUUUCGCUUUUUCGCCGUCGCAAUUUUCAGUAAAUUCAAGUGUCCGGUGCAGGCAAUUGGUCAAGUUGUGUUCAGUGACUAUUUAAAAUAUAUAUAUUAGACAGACACGCACCCCAAAAAACUAGAACUUCAAUUCUCAAAAACGCUUGAGAAAUUUCAUGGCGCCCGAGCAGGGACUAGUGCGUGUAUUUUAAAUUAAUAAUAAAAUAUAAAAUUAAAAAUUAAAAUAACAUACCUGUGUUCGAUAUCAUUUUCGGUACCAAUUGCCUGGACAAUACUUUUCGGUUUUCGGUCUUGUGUAGUGAAAACAAGUGAAAAUUAAACAUAUAAAAGAAACAUAAGACGAAACGUAAAAAGAAAUUAAAACAAAAAAUAAUUUGUUUGCGAAAAGACGGGUUAUACUUACCUAUCGACAUACAUAUGUAUGUGGAUGUGCCAAAGUGAAGUAUCAGAAGUGCAGUGAAUAAUUCGAAACAACAAAAAUAUACAGUGCGCAAAGUGAACAAAAAGUGAAAAAAUAUAGUGUGGUGCAGUGAUACCUAAACAGCAAAAGAAACAGAAGAAAAUAAAUAAAAAUACAAUUUAAGAAAAUAAGUGUAUAAUUAAAAUACCUACCAACUCCGCUACUCACAAAAAACAAAAAAAAAAAAACAAGAAGUGCAUAUGUGCAAGCACCCAAAAAAGUGCAAGUGCUCGAAGUGAUAGGGAUUGAAAUAAAUAAAAAAGUGUGAAAAGGCGCACAAGUAAAUUGGGACAGUGAAUUCUAAAAAAAAUCGUACCAAAGUGUUUAACCUUGUGAUUAACGAUAGGACCGUCCUAAAACGUUAAAAAAAAAAAAAAAACAGUUUUUAAAAACCGGUGGAAAAUCCGUUAAAAAAAAAAAAGAAGAAAAACUGUUUCAAGUGCCGCGUUAAGAGAACCGGUAAAAGCAAAGUGCCGGUAUAAGCACCCGUUGUUGCCAUACCGCCACUACUGAAAUCACUGCCGCCAUCAACGCUGCUGCCAUCAACACUGCUGCAAUCAACGCCGCUGCCAUCAACGCUGCUGCCAUCAACACUGCUGCCAUCAACGCCGCUGCCAUCAACGCUGCUGCCAUCAACACUGCUGCCAUCAAUCCGCUGCCGUCGUGGGAAUGAGCUGCCGCUGCAUCCUGUGCCAAAGGAACGUAAGCGCCGGCAAACAGCCGACGCACCAGGUUCAUUGGACGCCGAGGGAUGCCGACGAAAAUAUUCAGCGACAACGCCACCAAUUUCGUCGGCGCCGACCGCAAGCUGCGCGAGCUGAAGGAGGCGUUUCUAGCGCAAGCGCCAGAACUAGUGGGGUUCGCAGCCGAAGAAGGAUUCAGCUUCGGCUUUAUACCACCCAGGGCGCCGCACUUCGGCGGAUUAUGGGAGGCGGCCGUGAAGUCCGCCAAACAUCUAAUCGUUCGCGCACUCGGCAACGCUCUACUAACUACGGAAGAGCUCUCAACGCUACUGGCCGAAGUGGAGGCCAUUUUGAACUCGCGUCCUCUAACACCGUUGAGCCAGGACCCCAACGACGGAGAAGCACUAACUCCAGCGCACCUCUUAAUCGGUUGUCCUCUGCGAGCACUGCCCCCAGCACAAGUGCCAACGGACCCAAUUCGUUGCUGCGAGAGAUGGCAACUUGUUUGCUGUCUCAAGCAACAGUUUUGGCAACAGUGGUCCAAAAUAUAUCUAACGAGCCUUCAGGAGCGCAACAAAUGGCUCCACCCCAAACGCAACCUGCAGCCAGGCGAUCUCGUCCUCGUUCACGAAGACAACGUGCCGCCGCAGCAGUGGGUAAUCGGCCGCGUCGGCGCAACCGUCGAAGGCCAAGACGGCAAGGUACGAGUGGCAGACGUGGCAACCAAGGCGGGCACCAUUAAGCGCCCAAUUCACAAACUCGCAUUACUGCCCAUAGAUGUUGAAGGAUCCUGAUCAUGUCAAGGUGGCCGGUGUUGCGUCAAGCGACAAAAUA